UUUGAGGAAUCAAUGGAUUCGUCUUCAUUUCAAAGCAGUGGAGACUACAGUCACUCCUUCAAAAUCAUAUUGAUCGGUGAUGCCGGAGUCGGAAAAACCAGCCUCAUCUCCAGCUUCGUCUCCGACUCCAUCGAACCUCCUCAGUCCACCGAUGAUAUGGAUUUGAAGUUCAAGCUGCUCACCGUAGGUGACACGAAAUUGAUGCUCAAAAUUUGGGACACUGUUGGACAGGACAAGUUCAGAACAUUAACACAGUCUUUUUAUCGAGGUGCCGACGGGAUUAUUCUUGUAUAUGAUAUAACGGAUAGAAGCAGCUUUACAGCCAUAUCAGAUUUCUGGGCUAAAGAAGUGGGCACGAAUAAUCCGGAUUGUGUGAUGAUGUUUGUUGGAAAUAAAGUUGAUAGAGAUUCUGAAAGAGUUGUAAGUCAGGAAGAGGGAACCGCACUAGCAAAAGGGCUCGAAUGUUCGUUUUUUGAAACUAGUGCUAAAACUAAAGAAAAUGUGAAGCAAUGCUUUGAAACACUUGCACUACAGGUAAUACUUAUGCCAUUUAACACUUCAUUUAUAUAUUUGGAUGAAAGACUAAAUUUUAAUAAUCAACAAAGAAUACAACACCCUCUUGCAAUCAGCUAG